AUGAAUGGCCUCGCUGAUUCUGAGGCCUUCAAGGCCUGCUAUGCUCAGUUCCGACAGUCUGAUAACGACCGUGACAUUCUCAUUUCACAACUUCUCAGCAAUUAUGAGGAUUUGCAGACCAGGUAUCAACAAGUCGUGCACCAACUCCAAGACGAGAAGGAAAAUCGUGAGAUCUGGCAGAGAGAGACAAGAGACGCCCGCAAGCAGCUCAAUCAGUCGAGGCUGGAUAAUGUGAGCCUCUCCCCUUCCUUCUCCCUCGUCCUCCCGGUCUCUGUCUUGACUUCCAUCUCUCCAUAUUCACUUUGCGCCACCCCUUGUCAGGUGGGCCCCUCGUCCCUGCCAUCUCACCUCCCCUGGGAUAAUGUCCUCCGGCAUAAUCUGAUCUGGGACAAACCUCCAAGUGCUAACAGCUGCCAGGAGUCUCAAUCCUUUGUUGUUAUGAUUAUCGAUGGCGACGGUGCAAAGUUCCGAGACGACUAUUUCAGAGCCGGCGAUGAUGGCGGUGGCCAAGCCGCGCAGCAGCUAAAGACACAGAUCAGGCUCCAGCUUCAGGAGACGUACCGUGAUACCAGCAUUGACAACUGGAACAUCCUGGUUUUCUUCUACGCCAACAUGAACGGCCUUGCCAAGUGCCUCGCCUCCCGCCGCAUCCUUAACACAUGGACUGAUCUCCAGAAGUUUGCCUCGGGUUUUGGUCGGGCCAAUAGCCUCUUCUCAUUUGUUGAUGUUGGCUACGGAAAAGACAAGGCCGACCACAAAUGCCAAGCCAUGCUCAAGCAAAUGCUUCACGCAACCUCAUGCCGCCAUGUGUUCUUUGGCCCCUGCCGAGAUAAUGGAUACCUAAACCUACUAGAGGAAUACAAGCACGAUCCCGUUAAGAGGGACAAGCUCACUUUGGUCACCACAGAGCCAGCCGGAGCUGGGUUCGUCAGCUUGGGCUUCAAGAUUGUCGACUUCCCUAGCGUUUUCCGAUCCGAACCUAUGGAUAAUAUCAGCACCAGAUAUCUGAUGUCACCAGUGUCGCCUAUGUAUCACGAUAUUGGUAUCCAACCUUUCCCACCUGCCCGCGGCCCAACCCGUGGCCCUGGCCAAUAUGCUAUGUCGGAGGCAGGCUCUAACAGCUCCGCUCCCUCCGUAUCGAACGGUAACGGAAGUGUCAAUAGCGGUGCCAGUAGCGGUGGAUCCACGUGGGCCGUGACUGCCAAGCUUAGCAAUGGUCCGGUGAUCGACAUAUACAGCAAGCAAAAGCCCUUGCCAAAGCUCAAGUACGCACUCUUCAACGCCGCCAACAUGAGGGUCGAUGAGCGCCUUCCGGCCGCGGACCCAACGGCACUUAGAUCACUCGAGAACAAGGCCAGGUCACAGGGCUGCAACUUUUGCAACUACUACCACCUGACCGGCAGCUGCGAUAAGAAUGACAAGUGCGAGUAUCAGCAUGAAGCCAAGUUGUCGCAGUCCGAGCGAUUAGCACUCUGGCACAAGAGUCGGGGGAUCGUGUGCUCCGACCAACAGUGGUGUGAGAGCCCUUAUUGUCUAAGUGGACACCAUUGCAAGAACGUCUACGACGGCAGAGCCUGUAUCUGGGGUACAAGGUGCUUUUUUAAGGAUACGCACGAAUCUGACGUCAAGGCGACCCUGAAGGUAUUCGAAGAUGGCACUCGCGAGGACCUGACAUUUUGA